CUUACAAAAAAAGAAAAAAAAAGUAGAGCUUCUUCAAUUUCAAUGGAGAAGAGAAAUGGUCUGCGAGUGAUUCUCUUCCCUCUGCCACUGCAAGGCUGCAUAAACCCUAUGCUUCAGCUCGCCAACAUCCUUCACUCGAGAGGUUUCUCCAUCACUGUGAUACACACGCGCUUCAACGCGCCAAGAUCUUCAAGCCACCCUCUCUUCACCUUCUUACAGAUUCCAGAUGGCUUGUCUGAAACCCAGAUCAACGACGAUCCUACUUCUAACGUUAUGUCUCUGCUCGCGCAAAUCAACCGCAACGCCGAGUCCCCGUUUCGUGAUUGCUUACAAAACCUGUUGCUGCAAUCGCAAGAAUCGGAGAGGAUUAGCUGUUUGAUCGAUGAUUGUGGAUGGCUCUUCACACAAUCUGUCGCAGAGAGUUUAAAUCUUCCGAGGAUUGUUCUCUGUACCUUUAAAGCCACUUUCUUGAAUGCUUAUCCAAUUCUUCCCCUUCUCCGAACCCAAGGAUAUCUUCCAGAUUCAGAUUCGAAAGCAGGGGACUCUGUUCUUGAGUUCCCGCCGCUUCAAAAGAGAGAUCUUUCAAGAGUUUUCGGGGAAAACGGAGAGAAACUCGAUCCAUUCGUACAUGCUAUAGUAGAUACGACGAUGAGAUCUUCAGGGAUAAUAUUCAUGUCCUGCGAAGAGCUGGAGAAAGAUUCGUUGGCUCUUGCUAACGAAAUUUUCAAGGUUCCGAUCUUUGCGAUUGGUCCGUUUCACAGCUACUUCUCUGCUUCGUCAAGCAGUUUGUUCACACAAGACGAGACCUGCAUUCCUUGGUUAGAUAAACAAGAAGAUAAAUCCGUCAUCUACGUGAGUCUAGGAAGCGUUGUGAACAUAACGGAAUCAGAGUUUUUGGAGAUUGCUUGUGGUUUAAGCAAUAGCAAACAGCCUUUCUUGUGGGUGGUGCGACCCGGUUUGGUCUUAGGCGCACAGUGGAUCGAACCGCUCUCUGAAGGGCUCGUGAGAAGUCUCGAAGAGAAGGGAAAGAUAGUGAAAUGGGCUCCGCAACAGGAGGUUCUUGCGCAUCGAGCCAUUGGAGGGUUUUUGACACACAAUGGUUGGAACUCGACGCUAGAGAGUAUAUGCGAAGGGGUUCCUAUGAUCUGUUUACCUGGAGGUUGGGAUCAGAUGCUGAAUUCAAGAUUCGUGAGCGAUGUUUGGAGGGUCGGAAUUCACUUGGAGGGUCGGAUCGAGAGAAAGGAGAUCGAGAAAGCUGUGAGGAUAUUAAUGGUGGAAAGUGAAGGAGAAAGGAUUCGUGAGAGAAUGAAAGUUUUGAAAGAAGAGGUUGGGAGAUCGGUUAAGCAUGGAGGCUCGUCUUUUCGAUCUAUAGAAACCCUAGCUAAUCAUAUACUAUCGUUGUAACAUUGGGAAAUAUCCCUCAACGUUUCUCUAAAACGCAAAACAAAUUCGAUUAUAUUUCUUCGAUUUCGUUGAAAGUAAACCUAAAAUACAAAACAUCCUCAACAUUGUUUUGAUUGUGAAA